GCGUCGUGCCACAAGUUUCGGCGCCAGCCGCCCGACACGCCGCGCCACCGUGCGCCCCUCCUGUCCCCCCUGCAUCGCUCUCACGGCUCACGCCUCUAAAUGCACCCCAAAACCUCAUCGAUCGAGCCCAACCCGAUCAGAUCGUCGCCCGCAGGAUGGUGCAGGUCCCGGUGGUCGAUCUGCGCCUGGCCGGCGCGGCGCCGGAGGAGUCCGCGCGGCUGCGGGGCGCGUGCGAGCGGCUGGGCUGCUUCCGCGUGUCCGGCCACGGCGUGCCCGCGGAGCUCCAGGCCGAGAUGAAGGCCGCCGUGCGCGCGCUCUUCGACCUCCCCGACGACGCCAAGCGCCGCAACACCGACAUCAUCGCCGGCAGCGGAUACGUCGCUCCCAGCCCCGCCAACCCGCUCUACGAGGCCUUAGGGCUCCUCGACGCCGCGGCGCCCGCCGACGUCGACGCCUUCUGCGCGCGCCUCGACGCGCCGCCCCACGUCAGGGAGACCAUCAAGACCUACGCCGAGAGGAUGCACGGCCUGAUCGUGGACGUCGCCGGCAAGCUGGCCUCGAGCCUGGGACUGGAGGAGCAGUCGUUCCAGGAUUGGCCGUGCCAGUUCCGCAUGAACAGGUACAACUACACGCAGGACACCGUGGGCUCCCCCGGCGUGCAGAUCCACACGGAUUCGGGCUUCCUCACCGUGCUCCAGGAGGACGAGUGCGUCGGCGGCCUCGAGGUGCUGGACCCCGCCACCGGCGAGUUCGUGCCCGUGGACACCGUCGCGGGCUCGUUCCUCGUCAACAUGGGCGACGUCGCCACGGCGUGGAGCAACGGGAGGCUGCACAACGUGAAGCAUCGGGUGCAGUGCGUCGCGCCGGUGCCGCGCAUCUCUAUCGCCAUGUUCCUGCUCGCGCCCAAGGAUGACAGGGUGUGCGCGCCGGAGAAGUUCGUGGACGCGGACCACCCGCGCCGGUUCAAGGCGUUCAACUACGACGACUACCGCAGGCUCCGGCUCUCCACCGGCGAGCACGCCGGCGAGGCGCUCGCGCGGCUGGCGGCGUGACGUCGCCAGAUGCUGGACUGCGAACGGGAAGCUAGCUGUUGAUACGCAUUAGGCUUAUGACUAGUAGUAUUGUCUAAGCCUUUUAAGCCGUUCAAAUAGCUCAGAACUUGUGACAAAAACGGUUUCUUCGAGCUAUGUGAACUGUUACAGAUUCUUAUAAAUAAAAUCUUGUGUUACGCA